AUGUCUCGCGUCUGGCACAUCAGCGGCGCAAACACCGGCUUCGGUCUGGAGCUCGCGCUCAAAGCUCUAUCCGAGGGCGACCGGGUCAUCGCCGCCGUCCGAACUCUAUCCAAAGUCCCCGACAGCCUGAACCGGGACGACGUCAAGAUCCUCCAAUUCGACCUAUCCUGGUCGCAGGGAGAAAUGAACGAAUACGCAAAGAAAGCAUUCGCCGCAUUCGGACAGCUCGAUGUCCUGGUCAACAACGCAGCUUACUCGUAUAUGGGGGCGAUCGAGGAGUCUGAAGACGCCGCCGUAAAAGCCCAAUACGACAUCAACGUCUUCGCGCCCCUCCGCCUGAUCCGCGCCGUCCUCCCCCACCUCCGAGAUCAAGGCAGCGGCACAAUCAUCAACUUCUCCUCAGUCGGCGGGCUGAUGUCCGGCCCCGCAAACGGAAUCUACUGCUCGACGAAGUUCGCGCUGGAAGGCCUGACGCAGGCGCUGGCCGCUGAAAUCGCGCCCUUCGGGCUCAAAGCGCUCGUCGUGGAACCCGGGUACUUCCGCACCUCGUUCCUGAGCGCCGUGACGUCUGGUACGAAUAUUGCUCCUGCGUUGGAUGUUUAUGAGGGGACGCCUGCGCAUGAUGCGCGGAAGGCGUUUUUCGCAUAUGAUGGGAAUCAGAGGGGGAAUCCGGUGGAGGGGGUCAAGAGGAUUUGGGAGUAUGUGGCUGAUGAAGGGUUGUUGAAGGGGAAGGAGAAGCUGGGGAAGUUGCCGUUGGGUAGUGAUACGGGUAGUGUACUGAGGCUUGUUGCGAAGGAUUUGGAACACACUGCGGAUAUGUAUGAGGAGGUGUGGAAGAGUACGGAUUUUCCUGAGGGGCAGUAG